UCUCAAGUUGAUAUGUUCUAACUCGUCAAGAGCAGCUGACUAUCUCGGUUAAGAGUGUCAGCGCAUGGGACGUGUCAGAUUAGUGCGAGUUUCAAAUAUUUUACGACCAAAACAUUGUCUAUCACGCGCACACACGUAUACAGCCAAACUACUGCAUGUCUGAGAACAAAGUAUCGACUGUUGGAUCGGUUUCCAACUAUUGACAACACGGAAUCCUUCCCUAUUCAAAAGUCAUGUCGGACGUGGCUGAUACUAAACGUUCCUAUUUCGUUGCUACUCCGCCGUUUAAUAACCACUUUCAUGUAACUGCUUAUUGUCAACAAUCCCAUAGCUGGAUAACUUGCCUCUUCCCUCGUCACUACCGGAAGAUUACUUCUCGAAACUCAACAAUCCGUUCUAUCUUAACAAAUUGUGAGGAAGAAAAGGAUGGAAUUGUUUGUCUGUGGGAAGGAUACUAUGGAGACAUACGACUGCAAACGUUCGACAUAUUUUCCAACAAGGUCAUCAAGAGAGUAUCCCUUGGUUUUGACCAUAGUCUUUUCAUCAGCCAAGAAGCUGAGGUGUUUGCUUUGGGCAGUAAUAGCCAUUGUCAAUUGGGACUCAAUGGGUUGACAAAAACCUCAAUCACUACCCCACAAAUAUUGGAAAUAUUCAAUGGAAAGGAGAUAACAGAAGUGGCAUGUGGAAAACAGUACAGUGCUGCUGUGUCUUCCUCUGGAGAUGUUUUUACUUGGGGUGAUUCCACAAAAGACCAGUGUGGUUUGGGACGUUCUGAGAUAAUUUCUAACCCUGAGCAAGUCACAUUUCGUUUGACAGAAGAUAAAUGUAAACAUGGGAUUCCAAUGCCUGAAGAAAAGAUCCUGAUACGUCAGGUAGCCUGUGGUGAGACCCACACAUUGGCUAUUUCCUGCAGGGGUGAGUUAUGGGUCUGGGGUAGUGGAAUGGGACUUGGAUUAGGAGAACAAACAACUUCUCCUGUACCAGAAAGAGUGGAAGAUCUUUUAGAAUACAAUGUACUUGAUGUCUCAUGUGGUCUGUCACAUAGUAUAGCUUUGGUUGAAAAACAAGGAGCCAUUGGUACACCUAAAAAGAUGAGUUCUGAUAUGAGAUUCCACAAGUAUUAUCCUCCAACAUGUGCCAAGUGUAACCAAGAGAUCUAUAGCUACAUUGAAACUAAUGAUUUGUGUAUUAUAAGUGAUGAACACACUUGCUGUAAGAAACCUGACAACAAAGCACCGAUAACGAGAUCUGAAUCUUUAAAGAAUGAGUCAUUAUCAAACUCUGCCCCAUGUCUAACAAAAGAAACAGACAGCAGUUCUGCCUAUGAAUCCUCUCAACUGACAUCAGAAUCAACUGAACCUUCUGAAAUAAAUUCUAGCAAUGGAAUUACAGGUGGCAAAAGUCAAUCUUGUAGCAAUAUUAAUAAACCUUUUGUUUCUUCACAAGAACCUGAAGAAAAACAUACUACAGAUUUGAAAACUGGAGAAAAUCAGUCCCAAAAUGGGCAAAUUGUGAACUUAACUACAAAAGAUGAAGUCAUCCAAACUUCACAAUCAGAAGAGAAAAGUGCUUGUGAGACAAAGGCUGCUGAUAGUUCUUGUCCUACAAAUUCUGUAGCAGAAUGUGAUAAUAAAUUAAAACCUCGACUAACAAAUGAUGCGAUUCAAGCAACUCUGGACAAUAACAUGGAAAGCGAAGCAAAUGGAAAUACAAUUCCAAACACUGCUAAUUCUGAAGAAUUUCAAGAACAUUCUAAGGAAAAUAAUUCAGUUCAGAAAAUCGUUGAUUCUUCAGACAACUCAGAGACUCCUGUGAAAAAUUCCGUUGACUCUAAAGGAGAUUUGGCUGAUGAUGCAGAUUGCAAUAAUAGUCACAGUUCACAACCUUCAACAACUGUUAGUAUGGAAAAUAUAGUUCAAAAAUCUCAUAUUUUGGAUGAAGAUGAAGCUCGGGAGUUCCUCGCCAAACAACUCUGCAACCGAGAAGAUUCUGAUACAGAUUUGGGUUGUCAACAUCCUAUUAAAAGUCGGUUGGAAAACUUACUUAUUUCAGUUCCAGAAACUUCUGUGGCUGUCGUUCAACAGGUCACUGAUUUAACCCAUCGGGCAAUCAGCACAUUCCGAUCAUCAGUUGGCAGCAUGGCAGAUUCCUUUGGUUUUGUCUCUGGUCAGGGUAUAGAAUUAGAUGGUCUUUCAAAGUCUAGCAGCAUUGAUUCCAAUUUACAGUCAGACACUGACUCGCCAAACUUAUCCCGUCGUGACUCUGUCUUUACAUAUGAUACUUCAGUAAGUGAGGAUUUGUGGAGAAGAAGAUCUGGCAGUACCGAUGAUAUUCUUUUGAGUGAGAGGUCCGAUUCACAUUCUUCCCUCAGAGCCCUUUGGAGACGAUCCAAGAGGCUUGAAAAAGACCGACAGACACAUAAAAAAGAUGAGAAAAGUGUCAGUCAAUGUUCCAGUAUUGAACCACUGCCUUAUUUCGAAACAGAGGUCUGGUGUUGGGGUAAAAACAGCAAAGGCCAACUUGGGCUUGGAGAUGGUAUAGAACGUGACAGACCACGCUGUGUCAAGACAUUGAAUUCUAAAAACUGCACCAAAGUGGUUGCUGGUUCUCAACACUCCUUGGCACUCACAGCCUAUUCACAGGUUUUCUCAUGGGGUUUCAAUGCUUAUGGACAAUUAGGGCACACUGAAUCUCCAAGUGUUCCAUCUCCAGUUAAAUUUGUUGCCAACUGCUUGGUAUGGGACAUUGCUGCUGGAGACAACCAUUCUUUAUUCCUAACUGAUUCCGGAGGUUUUCAUCCUGACGUCUACUAUUCUGGAAAACAACCCAGUGAGAAUCAAUUCAGUUCUGUGACAAAGACCGGCAAGCCAAUGGUUCUAAACACUCUGAGAAAGACUGGUUGGAUCCGCUCUUUACAAGCUGGUGGAAUUUCUUGUGGUUGUUUAGUUGGUAAGAGCUCAUCAGGCCAAACUGCUACAGCUUUUGAACUUGCUCUUUCUGAAAGAAACUUCUAUUCUAAACUAAACAAAAUUGCAACAAAAUUUCUUUCUCCCUUGAAAACAUCAAUGUUCUUGUGUGCCAUGGAAUCCAGUUACUAUAAAUCUGUUUUUACCGCCCACAUCGAUGCUUUCCUUGACCUCACCAACAAAAUUGGGGAAAACUGUGUGCAGUUGACCCGGCUGAUUCGAGGUAAUGAAGACAUUACUCAUAGUCGUAUGUUCCAAAAAUCUAAAGAACUUAUUGAGUACUUCAAGAACUACUCUCUUCGAUUUGGUGACAUGUUGGCGAUUAAUGGCUUUGAACAUUGCACCAAAAUUGGCAAUUCUUACUUUGAGAAAAUUCAAAACGUUUUUACUGAGAUCCUUGAUGAGUCAACUUCAGAGAAAAUGAAUUAUGCUUCCAUCCUUCAACGCAUACUGCAAUAUCCUUUACAUAGGCCUAAUGAAUAUGGCCAUAUGAUCAAUAAAUUAUCCAUGGGAUACCCAUCAGACUCAGAGAUGAGGUCUCUACUGAAUUCUAUAUCUAUCAAGUGGGAUACAUUGAAAAUGUCUUCUACAGAGGAGCACAAUAUUGCAGACAAAACUCGGCUGUUCUGGGAGAGCAGCUCACAGAAAUUAGUGGACACUCUUCGUACCCCUGAAAGACGACUCCUGUAUGACACCAAGCAGAAUCCUCUGACCCAGGCCAGUGCAGGACGGUUCUUCGUCCAUAACUUCCACCUUUUCAACGACAUCUUUGUACAUAUCCAUGGAUCUGCAAUUAAUGAAUUUCCUCUUGAAACUGUAUGGGUAGACACCUCUUCAGAAUCGGAACAAACACAAGAUUCUCUUCAAAUCAUUACUCCUGAAGAAACCUUCGUUCUGACUGUCACCUCAUCUGCUAGCAAAACUGAGUGGCUGAUAAAGCUGAACAGUGCCAUAAACAACUGUUAUCGACCAAGGAAAUCAACGUCAACCAGUGGCUGUAGCCAGGUGGAAAUGAACCGCUUCAACCCACCUUUAGUACGACAGGCACAGCACAAGUUCACCAAGCAUUCCACCUUUAAAGAUGCAGUCUACAAUGGAGCUUGGAUGAAAGGAAAAUUACACGGAUUUGGUGAGAUGAAAUGGCCUGAUGGAAGACGUUAUAUUGGAAAAUUUAAGAAUGGCUUACAGCAUGGAAAUGGAAAAUAUAUUGUACCCAAAUCAGACUCUGAAGAAAUCUAUGAAGGUUGCUGGAAAGAAGGCAAAAUGAAUGGGCUGGGCUCAGUUAUGUAUCCAAGUGGAGACCGCUACCAGGGUUAUUUCAAAGAUGGACAAAAGUUUGGGCAUGGGGUUUUGCGCCAGGGUAAGCACAUGUCCAGUGUUGCCAGUGUUUACAUAGGAGAAUGGAUGGCCGACAAACGUAAUGGAUAUGGAGUAUUAGAUGAUGUACUUCGAGGCGAGAAAUAUAUGGGAAUGUGGCAAGAUGACCAAAAACAUGGUGGUGGCAUUGUGGUCACUCUGGACGGCAUGUAUUUUGAGGGGAAUUUUGUCCAAGGAAAACUCAGUGGUUUUGGACUGAUGUUAACUGAUGAUGACAGCUGCUAUGAAGGUGAAUUCUCUGGAAUCACUCAACUAAACGGUAAAGGUACAUUACGACUACCAAACGGGGAUAGUCUUGAAGGACAUUUCACAGGUUCUUGGAAUGUUGGUAUCAAAGUAAAUGCUACAUUCCAUAAAAAUCUUCCUCCUGAGACAGUCAAGAAAGCAGACCUUACCUAUGGGAUCCACUCAAAAACUUAUGGUACAUUAUCUGUGCCAGCAGACCGUAAAUGGGAAGAUAUCUUUAGUCAUUGCAAGUCUAUGCUUGGUUAUAAUGGAGAAGGCAAAGCAGACCCAGCUAAAGCUUGGCAGGCUGUGGCUGUUAUGAUCUCCAGUGGGAAGAAAUCAUUGAGUGACCAAGACUACAACUGCUCCCUUUCUAAAAUUAGACUAAUGUCUUGCACUCUUGAUGAACUUGAGAAAAUUCCUCCAUAUUCCGAAGGGAAAAUGACUGUGGAAUAUUAUCAUAAAAUUGCAAGUUAUCUCUCAAAGGCUUUUGACACAAAAUUCCACCCCAUUGGAAAGCUCAUAGAUGGGUUGGUGGAAGUAUUCAGGGCUGCCUACAUUGGUAUUGGAGCCCAUCCCAGACUGUUGCUGCAUGCUGUUCAAGAAAUCAAAUCUUACGUUAAGAAAGUCUACAGGGUUAUCAGGAUUUUAUUUCCUGAUCUGCCCUCCUCUUCAAAACCAGUAAGAAUCUACAGCUGCAACAGAGUCCCACCUGCUGAGGAUAGUGAACUAAAAAGUGAACAAGACUUUAUGGUUAGUGACAAUCCAGAUGAGAGUGAAGUUGUUACGCCAGCUCGUCUUCUACAUCCUCUGUUGCUUCCCAAAAUAUACCCACCACUUUUUGAUCUGUAUGCUCUCUACAAUGACAAGGAAGAUGAAAAAUAUUGGGAGCGCGUUUGGAAAUUGAAUCGCCAAGGAGAUAUGGCACUGAUGGCUUAUCUCGGCAUUGACCAGAAGUUUUGGUUAAUUGAAGAUAAAAUCUUUCAAGGUAACAGACAGAAACUGUCUGAGAUCCGAGAUCAGUGUUAUGCUGCUGCUGUUGAUAUGCUGCAGCAAAUAAGCACUGCAUUCAGUCCAUGUGAAAAGCUGGCCGUGAUACAAAGAACUUUCUUGGAAAUUACAAAGGUAUAUCCUGUUUUGGCAGUCCAAGUUACCCUUGAUGAAGACUACAUAUGGUGCAUGGAUGAUCUAUUUCCUAUAUUUCAAUAUGUGGUUGUGAGAUCCAAGAUUCGACAUUUAGGAGCUGAGAUACAUUUGAUUGAUGACUUGAUGGAACAACACUUGGAAUAUGGAGAAUUGGGUAUCAUGUUUACAACACUCAAGGCAUGUUAUUUUCAAAUACAGCAUGAAAAGAUGCCAGGUUGAAAAGCAGCAAUUCUGAUGAAUACUAAAACUAAAUUAAUACAGUGUUUAAACUGACAAGACUGAAAAGAGGUUGCUGACAUCUAAUACACAAACACACACACACACACAUAUAUACACUUGCACAUACACACAUAUUGAACCUAAAGCAGCCUAUUUUAAUUUUGUUUGUAAAAAUUGAUAGCUAAAUCUUUCAGCUUUUGCUGACGUUGCUACCUCGCUAUCUUGUGGAGAAAGACCGUUCUUCUUUCACAUUAACAUAAAUUCUCUUCCAGUCAUUCGUGUAUAUUGUUGUUAAUCAACAGUUGGCAAUUAUUUCUGAAAUAUUCAGACCCUCCCCCAAAAAGUUUUACAAAAAAAUUAUUACUAUUUUGACAGAAUUUAACUUCAUAGAAGACAUUACUCUUGUGGGAUUUUUUUCUUUUUGUUCUUGUGUCUUCUAAAGUCUAUACCUCAGCUAUUAUCAAACCUUUGUCCACUUAUAAUGGUAGUCUUCCUGGUCUGUAACAUUUGUGAAAAGAAAAUCAAAGAAAAUUCUAACAAUCCUUAGGAUUUGAGGAGUUAUCAAACCAGCCAUAUUGGUAUUAUAAAUCUUUUAAAUCCAGUUAAUUAACAGCUGUUUCUAAUUACUAAAAGUAAUUAAUUUAUAUAAAUUAUAUGAUUUUUAGUCUGACUAACAGGCAUUAUAUGAAAAAAAACCCCACCUUAACUCUGCUCCAAGCUAACUUGCUGCCACAUUAAAAUUGAUAAAUAUA